AUAUCUAAUUCUGAAAGACAAAACACAGAGCCACAAACCUGGAUAGGAUCAUAGGAAGGGAGACGAACAUUUCCCGUCUACUAUCUGGCAUCAUGGCGGAUGAUGGCAUGCUCUUGAACUUCAAUUUGGGUGAUGGUAUCAUUAAAACCCAGCAAAAGUUCAAAGGUGGGACAUGGAAAGAUCGCCUUUCAGUAAAGAAAAUCGCCCUUCACCGUCAAAAUAAAUCCAAAUUUCCCAACUCCGAAGACCAAGAUCAUGCCGGGCGGAAAGAUAGAACAGGGAACCCGAAUAGAGUUGAAAUACCAUCCCCUCGACCAGCCAAACGGCAGAGGGUCGAUGACGAUUUUAAACCGUCUUCGUUGUCGUCGUAUCGCGUUAGCGGGCACACCCCUACUUCUACGAACGUCGGCAGCAGCAAUAACAGGGGGAAUACUCAAGGCAACCAAGCUCGCAAGAACCAGAAUCAACCGCGUGAGAUCAUCUCCUCCCUUUUCUCCUUCAACCCCGCGCCUCUUUCUGCCAUCGAGCCACCGAAAACAGACGAAGGCGCCGAGCCUUCUAAACCCUCAAAUGCGCCCCUCAUCGAUGGAAUUGAUACCUUCACAUCCUUGGGAUUAUCCCCGAUGCUUGCAGCGCACCUGAUGACAAAGCUUGAAUUUAAGGCUCCGACGGCCGUUCAGAAAAGCGCCAUAUCGCAGCUGUUGAAGGAAGAAUGCGAUGCGUUCAUCCAGGCCCAAACCGGAUCGGGAAAAACAUUGGCAUAUCUGCUUCCUCUAGUUCAGCGACUGAUUAACUUGUCAAGCACCAACGGGAAGGCUUUUGAGCGGACGAGCGAUGGUUCGGAUAACGCUGCUGUUCAUCGAGAUUCGGGACUUUUUGCUAUCAUCCUUGCUCCUACGAGAGAGCUAUGCAAACAAAUAUCCGUUGUGUUAGAGCAAUUGUUACGGUGUGCGCAUUGGAUCGUUGCAGGCACGGUUAUUGGUGGGGAGAAGAAAAAAUCCGAAAAGGCAAGGUUGAGGAAGGGGUUGAAUAUUCUUGUGGCUACGCCUGGUCGUUUGGCUGAUCAUUUGGAGAAUACCAAGGUGUUGGAUGUUAGUAAUGUCAGGUGGCUAGUCCUUGAUGAGGGGGAUCGGCUUAUGGAUUUGGGCUUUGAGGAGGAGAUUCAGGGGAUUGUGAAAAGGUUAGAUGAGAGACAGAAAUCAAAGGGAAUCUCGGGAUUGCCUGCCAAGCGAGUUACAAUAUUGUGUUCUGCGACUUUGAAAAUGAAUGUGCAGCGGCUAGGGGAGAUAAGUCUCAAAGACGCUGUGCAUGUCCAAGCUGACCCGGAUGACGAGGACGACGAAACGAAGACGAAUAAUACUGGUACCAACUCCGAGUUUUCGGUCCCUGCACAACUUAAACAAUCGUACGCAGUGGUUGCUGCGAAGCUACGACUCGUUACUCUUACGGCGUUGAUGAAACGAACAUUUGCCAGGAAAGGCUCUGUUAUGAAAGCAAUAAUUUUCGUUUCUUGUGCGGACUCCGUGGACUUCCACUUCGAAGCUUUCUCCAGGCAAGAUUCAGACAACAAAAGCGGAGGGAAAGAGCUCAAAAAUACCGAAGCUUUGCUUCCCACCAAACCAGCAUCCAUCCAUGGAACAGUUGCGCAAGCAACAGCCUUCUCGAACCCUACUAAUCCAGUCACGAUCUAUAAACUUCAUGGCUCACUUCCUCAACAUGUCAGAACUUCAACUCUCUCUGCCUUCUCCCGCCAGGGUGAAGCAGCUGUUCUGAUCUGCACUGAUGUCGCAGCUCGUGGCCUUGACCUACCAAACGUCGACUUUGUAGUCGAGUAUGAUCCUGCCUUUAGCUCAGAUGACCAUCUCCACCGAAUCGGCCGAACUGCAAGAUUAGGACGCGACGGCAGAGCCCACAUAUUCCUCCUUCCCGGCAACGAAGAGAAAUACGUCGAAAUUCUAAAACGCGGCUAUCGAGACGGCGGCACUAAAAUUUCCUGCAUAGAUGUGAACGAGUCGUUGAAGCGUGGCUUUGGAGGGAACACCGAAUCGACGAGUAAGGGCUGGGAGGAGAAGGCAACAGAGUGGCAACUUGACAUUGAGCGCUGGGCGCUUGAAAACCCGACCAUCCUCGAGAUGGCCAGACGAGCCUACCAGUCUCAUAUCCGCGCUUAUGCCACGCAUAUUGCUAGCGAACGAGAUAUGUUUAACAUCAAGGAUCUCCAUUUAGGCCAUUUGGCCAAGAGCUUUGCGCUGCGCGAUAGACCCGCUAAGAUCAAUGUUCCUGGCCUUCGACCCCGUAAAGAAGAUACGAAGAAGGAAUUCAAGGCUGAUAGGAAGGGAGCUAGGGAUGGUGCCCAGGCCACCAAGGACACGAAUACCUCUGAUGCCGCACGUAAAAUGCGGGCGAAGAUGAAGGAACAUAUGGCAGGGGCAAAUGAAUUUAAUAUCGCGUAAAAUAAUAACUAAUGUCGGUUUCUAGCGUUAGGGAGCCGUAAUGCCUUUUUUUUUAUCGUAAAAGAUUAAAAUAGAAGAAAAAUAAAACUUGCAUAAAAUUCAAUAAAUAUCCCAAAGUGAUAUCUUCCCGUCUUUCGAUCCGGCCGCAAGCCAAUGUGUAAAUUGCGCCUUCUUGCU